AUGUUUUCCAGCCCCAUGGAAAAAUCCUCGGGGAUAGCGUUUAGACGUAAUGGACCAAGGAAUCAGUGCAAAUUAAUAGGUUCUGGUUCUUCUCUGCGGCGCCACCCCCGUCUUCCAUCGCGGGGUCGCUUGGCUUUUAAUCCAAGGCCAUGGGGAAGCCCGCCAAGGAGCGAAUGCACCCGCCUCUCUGCGUCCUCCCCGCCCCGGCCCCGGCCGGGUCCCGGUCCCCAGCCGAGAAGCGGCCGAGCUCCUCCCGAGUUGUCGCCGGCCGGCCCCGCAGCUCCGCAACCUCCACACGGGAGCCCACUUCGCCAAGUCCAACCAGACGGCGUCGGCCAAGUGUUUCGCUCUCCGCGGGAGAGAGGCGUCCUUUCCCGGCCUUGGGACCCUUCGCCCGGCAGGGAGCUCCCGGGAUCCUGGGGUGAGAAGCCCAAGUCGCCGGGACCCACGGUCUUCACUCCGCGGCCCGGUCGCACCCUCGGUGUGCCCGGCCAGGCCGCUCCUCCUCGGCUUUCUCCCGGGCAGACAGGGGGCGAGGGGACGCGCCGUGAGACCCCGGUUCCCUCGGCGGCCCCAGAGCGCGAGGACAACGGCCCGCGGGCGCGGAGUUUCCCCGCGCGCGGAUCCACGCCGCCUAACGGGGCAGGUCGCAUGCGCACCGCGGCGCGCCCGAGAAGGCCGCGAGGGGAGGGGCGAACGCCGGGCUCGGCCGGCCGCGGAGCCCGGGGUCACUGA